GCGGGUCUCGCGAGGCGGCGGUUGGUUGGUUGGUUGGGGGCGAGGGGAGCUCGAGCGAGGCAGAAGGAAGAAUGUAACCCCAUUGAGUGUUUCCAAGAAUAGUUCCUGGACUGGUACGACGAACACUAUCUACAAUCUUUAAAAAUGUGCAAGGAUUAAAAUAUACAGACGUUACGGUAACAAAUUGAAGUGCAUUUGGCAGCUAAUAGUACAUCAUCAAUAAGUGAGAUUUUAGAAAGAAGUACUAUCCCAUUUGAUUGCAUAAUUGUGCAGAAACUUUGUGUGCACUUUGGCUGACACUAAAAGACCAAAAGUGCAGGCCUGAAUAGUCAUGUCUAUUCAUCGCCUAAAGAAUGAUGCUCCCAGGUUCUUCGUUGGAUCUCAAGAUGGAGAAAGCGAUGAACACUUGGAUCAAAUGAAGAUUGAACAUUUUUGUUAUGAGGAGGAUGGCGAUGAUGAUGAAUAUGAUUCUCCACCAGAAAGGCAGAUCGUUGUUGGAAUUUGUGCCAUGGCCAAGAAAUCCAAAUCCAAGCCAAUGAGUGAGAUUCUGAGCCGACUUUGCUUGUUCAAGUACAUUACGACUGUGCUAUUUGAAGAAGAUGUUAUAUUAAAUGAGCCAGUGGAGAAAUGGCCACUUUGUGACUGUCUUAUAUCUUUCCAUUCAAAAGGAUUUCCAUUGGACAAAGCAGUUGCUUAUGGAAAACUCAGGAAGCCAUUUGUUAUUAAUGAUUUGAACAUGCAGUAUCACAUUCAAGACAGGAGAGAAGUUUAUCAUAUUUUGCAGGAGGAAGGAAUUGAGCUGCCACGCUAUGCAAUACUAAACCGUGAUCCAGAUAAACCUGAUGAAUGUAAUUUAGUGGAAGGUGAAGAUCAUGUUGAAGUCAAUGGAGAAAAUUUUCAAAAGCCAUUUGUCGAGAAGCCAGUGAGUGCUGAGGACCACAAUGUUUAUAUAUAUUAUCCUACAUCUGCUGGAGGAGGGAGCCAAAGACUUUUCCGAAAAAUUGGCAGCAGAAGCAGUGUCUAUUCUCCUGAAAGCAAUGUUAGAAAAACUGGUUCUUAUAUAUAUGAGGAGUUUAUGCCAACGGAUGGGACAGAUGUAAAGGUUUACACAGUGGGGCCAGAUUAUGCUCAUGCAGAGGCUCGCAAAUCUCCUGCUCUUGAUGGCAAGGUUGAGCGAGACAGUGAAGGAAAAGAAGUUCGGUAUCCUGUUAUUCUCAAUGCCAGAGAGAAGUUAAUUGCUUGGAAAGUUUGCCUUGCUUUUAAGCAAACUGUUUGUGGCUUUGACUUGUUGCGUGCCAAUGGCCAAUCGUAUGUGUGUGAUGUCAAUGGCUUCAGCUUUGUGAAGAAUUCUAUGAAGUAUUAUGAUGAUUGUGCAAAGAUUUUGGGAAAUCUUAUUAUGCGAGAGUUAGCUCCACAGUUUCAAAUUCCAUGGUCUGUUCCCACAGAAGCUGAAGACAUUCCUAUUGUACCUACCACAUCUGGCACAAUGAUGGAGCUUCGAUGCGUUAUAGCAGUUAUAAGACAUGGGGAUCGUACUCCAAAGCAAAAAAUGAAAAUGGAAGUAAGGCAUCAGAGGUUUUUUGACCUCUUUGAAAAAUAUAAUGGAUACAAAGAAGGAAAAAUAAAGCUAAAGAAGCCAAAGCAAUUACAGGAAGUUUUGGACACUGCAAGACAACUUUUAUCAGAGCUGGGCCAAAAGACUGAUUCAGAAAUAGAAGAAAGUAAAGCAAAACUUGAACAACUGAAAUCCGUACUUGAGAUGUAUGGGCACUUUUCUGGUAUAAACCGCAAAGUUCAGUUAACUUAUCUUCCGCAAGGAUGUCCAAAGACCUCAAGCGAAGAAGAAGAUAGCAGGAAGGAAGAACCAUCAUUGCUCCUGGUAUUAAAAUGGGGAGGAGAAUUAACCCCAGCAGGCAGGGUCCAAGCUGAAGAGUUAGGCCGUGCUUUUAGAUGCAUGUAUCCAGGAGGGCAAGGAGAUUAUGCAGGCUUUCCAGGAUGUGGCUUACUCCGAUUGCACAGUACUUAUCGCCAUGAUCUAAAGAUCUAUGCUUCAGAUGAGGGUAGAGUUCAAAUGACUGCAGCAGCCUUUGCAAAGGGAUUGCUAGCUUUGGAGGGGGAGCUGACCCCAAUCCUUGUUCAGAUGGUUAAAAGUGCCAACAUGAAUGGCUUGCUAGACAGUGACAGUGAUUCCCUGAGCAGUUGCCAGCAGCGAGUGAAAGCAAGACUUCAUGACAUCCUACAGAAAGAUCGAGGCUUCAGUGUUGAAGAAUAUGAAAAGCUUGCACCAACUAACAGCAGCUCUCUAAUUAAGUCAAUGCAGUUCAUCAAAAAUCCUGUAAAGACCUGUGAUAUGGUUUACUUCCUGGUCCAGAGCUUGACUUCCCAGAUCAAACAGAGGAUGGAAGACCCCAAAUCAGCUGAUAUUCAGCUUUACCACAGUGAAUCACUCGAACUGAUGUUGCGAAGAUGGGCAAAACUAGAAAAGGACUUCAAAACGAAGAAUGGACGUUAUGAUAUCAGUAAAAUUCCUGAUGUUUAUGAUUGUAUAAAAUAUGAUGUUCAGCACAACAGUUCUUUAGACCUGAACAAUACAAUGGAACUUUAUAGACUAUCAAAGUCAUUGGCUGACAUUGUCAUACCUCAGGAAUAUGGCAUAACUAAGGAUGAAAAACUGGAUAUUGCCAAAGGCUAUUGCACUCCUUUGAUCAGGAAAAUUCGCUCAGACUUGCAAAGAACACAGGAUGAUGAUACUGUUAACAAACUACAUCCAUUAUACUCCAGGGGAGUGAUGUCUCCAGAGCGGCAUGUUCGUACACGGUUAUACUUCACCAGUGAGAGCCAUGUACACUCGCUUCUCUCUCUAUUGCGCUAUGGAGCCUUGUGUGAUGAGACCAAAGAUGAUCAGUGGAAAAGGGCGAUGGAUUAUCUGAACUAUGUUAGUGAGCUGAAUUACAUGACUCAGAUUGUUAUCAUGUUAUAUGAGGACCCAAACAAGGACCCUUCUUCAGAGGAACGUUUUCAUGUUGAAUUACACUUCAGCCCUGGUGCUAAAGGAUGUGAGGAAGAUAAAAAUAUUCCAUCUGGUUUUGGAUACAGACCAGCUUCACGUGAGAGUGAAGGUUCAAAGAAAUCCUCCCAGAGCGAGUCUGAAGAAGACUUGGCUUCAAGAAGAGAAGAUUCUGAAAAGACCCUGGUGUUAUUCAGGCCCAUGGUAUCUGACCCCAUUUAUAUACACCGAAAAUCCCCGCUGCCACGAUCCAAGAAAAUAGGCUCGGUGGAAGAAGAGAGCCCCCUGAGUUUGUCUAGCCCAGAGUGUAGUGGUACCUGGAUGCAUUACACUAGUGGUGUGGGUACUGGGCGUCGAAGACGCAGAUCAGGGGAACAAAUCACUUCUUCCCCUGUCUCCCCCAAAUCAUUGGCUUUCACAUCAAGUAUUUUUGGCUCAUGGCAACAGGUUCUCUCAGACAGCAGUAACCAUUUGCGACCUGGAAGGUCACAUACAGAACAGAAAUACACUGGACUUGGAUUUGAACUCUAUUCUAUGGUGCCUUCCAUUUGCCCUCUUGAAACCCUUCACAAUUCCCUGUCUCUGAAGCAAGUGGAUGAAUUUCUUGCCGCAAUUUCCAAAGCCACUACCGAGGUUCCAUCUGGAACUCUAAGCUCUGCACAUCACAAUCUGGGUAGAAGAUUUUUAAAUACAUACACUCCCAGAAGAAUACUUCCAUCAAUAUUACCUUUAUCAUCAAACCCAUCAGGUGACCGUACUAACUUUUUCAGUAGCGGACCUUCCAGCACUGUGUCCAGCGCGGGUCCAUCUUCACCAACAGAAAAUUCACCUUCCAUUGGCCUAGGUGACAGAUGUGUAGUUCCACAGAAUACUGAAGAUGACUAAACAGGUGCUCCAGAAUCAAAAUGAAUGCCCUUGAAGUAAACUGUUUUAAAAAUCCUUUGUAAGAAAUGUAAAUAAUCUGAAGUGUAAAUGAGCCUUAAAUAAUGUAUUCUUUUGAUAAAAACUUUUAAAAUGUACCCUUUAACUUUCUGUGUUAAUGCAAGUUGUACUGGAGCUUUAUAAACGGCUUUCAAUUAGAGAAGAAGAAGUUAGAUAUUUAUGUUUUAGUAGUUCAGAAAAUGGGAUGAUUUGGAUCUAUUGUGAUAGAUGAUUUAGAUUUAUUUUUUCCCUUUAAUUAUUGAGAUUCUCAUAUUCUUUUGAGGUUAGGAGAGUCUUUUUUUCCUUUUACAUACAGGUAUAGCUUCACCCAAAACAAAUGUUGCUGUAGCAAUUUUAUUGAUUCAGAAAGAAACGGUAACAAGUUUAGGUUUGGAUUCGUUGAUAUGCUUAAACUUUGAGAAUGAAUGCAAUUUUAGUUUUUAGAAGUUGUUCACUAAAUCAAAAAUUGAAGUUUUUUCUGUUGGAAAAAUUACACCACAUUUUACUCGAUCAAAAAAUAUGGGUGUAUUCAAACUACUUCCAUCUAUUUUUCCCUGCUGAUAAUAGAAUUGGGUUUGCUAAUUUGGUGCCCUAGAACAUCUUAACCUAGUGUUUUUAUGAAAAUGCAAGUACAUAAAUGAUAAAAUUCUAGCUAUCGCAUUUGCUUUUGACCAUAUUUCUUUCUGGACUUCAGAAGACUUUUUUUUAUCACAUACCAACUGCUGCCAAAUUAAGCUGUUAUUUUACUGGAUGGUUUAUCCUGUGCAGGGUUUUUGUUUUUCCCUCACAUGCAGAUUUAUUUAUACAACCCACAGAGUUACGAGUGUUUAAAAAGUUUAAGAUUCUUACAAAACAAAUAAGCAUUUCUUUGUAUAAUACAAGUUGAGGAUUGUUUACAGUUGUAUACUUUAAUAUACUUCAAAAUAUGAUGGGUAAACAUUGCUGCCUCCUUUCUCACUACCUGUUCACAGCUACGAAAGCCAGGGUUUGCGGAAACCAUCACCGAGCUUGAGUAUCCAAAACAAAAUACAUGAGAUGUUUAUUUACAAAUAUUUUUACUUUUCUCAAGUAUAAUUUAUAUAGUGUGCCUGCCCUCUUAUAUUAUUCCUGUUUCUUGUUAGCAAAUGCAUGUAAAGUAAUCUUUUAAAGUUUCAUUAUCCUAUGGGACUGCUCAAUAUAGACUGUUACAUCACACGUGUAGACUACAAACUAAUUUUAUUUAAGCCCUUGCUAUAUUCUCCCAUUGUGUGAAUAUUAUUGUGUUGUCUAGAUCUGCUUUUAUAACCCCUUGAUUACAGGUACUUUUUUGUAAAAAGUAUUCUAUAAUGCAUUGAGUUUUAUUCCCAGUUGCUUUUUAAUGUUUACAUCAAAUACAUUUUAUGAAGCACAAAACAUCAUCUCUACAUUGGCUGUGUAGUCUGUCCUGAAUUAUUCCAGUUUUUUAAAUGUUCCUGGAACAAAAUUAAUGUACAUACUUUACUGCACACCUAGAGUCUAUGGUUGCUCUCUAAUAAAGGCCAUCUGUAUAUUCGGUGUUUGAAGAUUGAUCAGUAAUGUAUUGGUUCAUAGCCAUUUAAAAUAAAAAUAUAUUAAAGAAUAA